UCGUCCCCUUGUCCAAACCCCUUCGUCGCCGGCGAUGCGAUAGAGAUCCCGUCUAGAUGGCGCUUGAUCUCUUCCCCCUCGCGGGAAUGGUGUUCGACGACAACGCCGCGGCCGCCGAUCGCGGCCGCGUCGUCUCCGUCUCGAUGUUCGUUGCCGUGCUCUGCCUGUGCAUGGUCGUGGGGCACUUGCUGGAAGAAAGCCGAUGGACCAACGAGUCCAUCACUUCCAUCGUAAUCGGAUGCAUCGUUGGUACCAUAAUCUUGGUCGCUAGCAAAGGAAAAAAUUCCCACAUUGUCAGGUUUGAUCAGGAAUUAUUUUUCAUGUAUCUUCUACCACCAAUCAUCUUCAAUGCUGGGUUUCAGGUUAAGAAGAAACAGUUCUUCCAUAAUUUUUUGACAAUAUUGUUGUUUGGAGUAGUUGGCAUUUUCAUUUCAUUUGUCAUCAUUUCAGCAGGUAGCUGGAAGCUCUUUCCGAAAAUUGGUUUUACAGGCCUGAGCAUUCAGGAAUAUUUAGCUCUUGGGGCGAUAUUUUCCUCCACCGAUACAGUCUGUACGUUACAGGUACUUCAUCAAGAUGAGACUCCCCGUCUGUACAGCUUGGUGUUUGGUGAAGGAGUUGUAAAUGAUGCUACAUCUAUUGUCCUUUUCAACACAAUCCAGAAGCUUGAUGUCUCUAAACUAGAAGGCUGGGCUGUAUUACAUGUUUUUGGAGAUUUUCUAUACUUAUUUUCCACAAGCACAAUCUUGGGAAUUGCUAUUGGGCUUUUGACUUCUUAUGCUCUUAGGGCCCUUUACUUUGGUAGGCAUUCAACUGACCGUGAAAUAGCUUUGAUGGUUCUAAUGGCAUAUUUAUCCUACAUGAUGGCUGAGCUGUCUCAGUUGAGCGGGAUUCUGACUGUUUUCUUUUGUGGGAUUGUCAUGUCCCAUUAUGCAUGGCAUAAUGUAACUGAAAACUCUAGGAUCACUACAAGGCAUAUUUUUGCUACCAUGUCAUUCAUUGCAGAAACAUUCAUCUUUCUUUAUGUGGGAAUGGAUGCCCUUGACAUUGAGAAGUGGAAGGCAAUGAAAACAAGCAGUUUGAAGACGUGCUUUGGCAUCUAUGGUGUCAUUAUUUUUCUAGUUUUGCUGGGCCGUGCUGCAUUUGUCUUCCCUCUCUCUAUUUUAUCCAACUACAUAAGUUCGCAUUCUGAAACAUCACUGAUAACACUCAGACACCAGGUCGUGAUUUGGUGGGCUGGUCUCACGAGGGGAGCUGUGUCUAUUGCAUUGGCAUUCAGUCAGUUUGCACACUCUGGUGUUACAUGGGAUCCAGUUUAUGCAACAAUGAUCACCAGCACAAUGGUAGUUGUGCUUUUCAGCACUCUGGUGUUCGGGUUUCUGACAAAGCCACUCAUAAAUGUUGUACUACCUCAUCAUGUGCAUCACGGCAGCGAUCAACAACCUAAAACCGAUGACAUUACCCUUUCUUUAAUUCCUCCUGAGGACUCUGCUGAGUCUGGGCUUCAACAAGCGAGAAGAAGUUUGUCACGGCUGCUCGCGAGGCCAGUACACACCAUACAUGCAUAUUGGAGGAAGUUUGAUGACAAGUACAUGAGGCCAGUGUUUGGUGGUCCAACCUAGAUCGUCCCCUGAUUCUUGCUGCAGAUGUACCCUCUAAUGACAAACAUGGAAGCUACUGUCUGGAUCUGUGGACUUGUACAGAUUACUCGUUCCUCUUCUUUCUUGGCUUCCCUACGUCAUGGAGUGCUAUUCUCAAAUUGUUGCUAAGAUCGAAAUCAACAACUAACGUCCUAUAGGGCAUGGAGCUGUGGGAUUCUGCUGAACAUGUUUUACUGGAUUACUUCAGCUGGUUCUUAGGGAAUGCCUCAACAACAAAGCAAUGCAGCUAAAGCUUGAGCAAGUGACUCAUAUGGCAGUGUUAAACAAAAAAGACAGUUUUGUUUUCUGGCCUUCAGUUGGCCUAUAUGUAUAUUAAGUUUUUUCUUCUGAUUAAUAUUAGUUAUAAGGUUUAUAUC